CCUAUCGCAAGGUCCGCCCGUCAUUUUCUCGGAACCUGCGACGCCGUCGCCGUCGGUCGCAGGGCCAGAGCCUGGGAUGACGGCUGAGAGCCCCCAGUCGUCGACGUGCGCAUCGGGCCAUACAGACUCCGAAACGGGGUCCGUGUCCAGGCUCCCCGCGCUGGUAAAGGUGGAGCCGCCUCCCCCUGGAGAGGCCUUGGAGCCGGAGCCGUCGGAAGAAGAGGUGGCAGCGGCGGGAGGAUCGCGCCCUGCCGGACGCCGCAGGAAGCGGCCGGUGCAGCGCGGAAAGCCCCCCUACAGUUACAUCGCUCUUAUCGCCAUGGCCAUCGCGCACGCCCCGGAGAGGCGCUUGACUUUGGGUGGCAUCUACCGCUUCAUCACGGAGCGCUUCCCUUUUUACCGCGACGGGCCCCGCAAGUGGCAGAACAGCAUCCGCCACAACCUCACGCUCAACGACUGCUUCAUUAAGGUGCCCCGAGAGCCCGGCCGGCCGGGUAAAGGCAGCUACUGGGCCCUCGAUCCACACGCCCGGGACAUGUUCGAGAGCGGGAGCUUCUUGCGCCGCAGGAAGCGCUUCAAGCGGAGCGACCUUUCCACGUACCCGGCCUACAUGCACGAGACGCAGGCCCAGCCCGUUGGGCCUCCCCUGAGCACGGCGUACGCGCCUCCCGCCGCCCUCUGCUACCCGUCCCAGCCGCCCCUCUUCAGUUUAGGCCCCCUGAUGGCGCAGCCGAGUCCGGAGCUGGCCCAGCAGCACAGCCCGGACAUAACACCCUCCCCUGGCAAUGCCUGCUCCUUCGCUGGAGCCGCAGCCUACUCCAGCCAAGGCUGCGCAGCAGGUCCUGGCCUCCACAGGCCCCACAACGCCAUGCCUUACGCCUACCCGCUCCCCGGUACCCAGCAGCUCCAGGUUAACCAAGGUACCUACUCGCAGAGCAGCAGCAACCACCUCUUUGGGGCCUCUGCCCGUCUAGGGAUGCCUACCUCGCCCCCACUUAGUAAUGACACUAUGGAUUUCUAUGGCAGGAUGUCUCCUGGCUCCUAUAGUUCCUUGGCUCAUGGGUACAAUGCCACUGGGCAGCUCGGUAGCCCUGGUGCCUACCUGCGGCAUGCCGCCUAUUCCAGCAACAUGGAAAGAUUUGUUUCUGCCAUCUGAAGCCAAGGAGGAACUUGGGUAGG